UCACGUCCCCUCUGAGUGGACCUUGGAUUCUACUGGAGUAUCAGUGAGCUUUGAACAGUCAAACUCCCAAGUGCUCACUGCACACGUAGCCUACAUCUGAUAUGCAGGGACUUCAUUUUCCCUUCUGACCACAUUUGUGUGGAAGAGCUUUUCGGUGUUUGCCCCUUUGAGGAGAAAUGAGUCAGGCUCUUUGUUCCAUGUCAAAUACUGAUGAACGCAGGUUUAAGGCGAGGGAGAGACAAUUUGAUGGAGAUUUGCAGGAUGAAGUUUAUACACAGAGAGCGAUAGGGGCCUGGAAUGUGCUAUGAAGCACACAUGAUCAUAGUGUUUAUAGGAAGUUAGUCAGACACGUUGGAGACAUUGGAGGGACAUGAAUCAGAAUCAGACAUAUGAUAGGAAAUUUGCUGUUUUGCAGCAGCAACAUAGUGCAAAGAUAUAACAUUACCAUAGAUCAUACAAAUAACUAAACAGUGCAAACAAAGGAAUAAGGAGGAGGUAUUCCAGGGUUCAUGGAAUGUGCAGAAAUCUGAUGCUGAAGGGAAACAAAUCUGUAACUGACUCAUUGACUGAAUUUUGGGUCUUCAGGCUCCCAUACCUCCUUUCUGAUAGUAACAAGGAGGAGAGGGCAUGUCCCAGAUGGUGACGGUCUUUAGGGAUGGAUGUCACCGUAUUGAGGUACCGCCUCUUGACGAAGUUGUUGAUGGGAGUACUGCACAGAUGCAACAGGAGCAUUCCUGCACAGGUUUGAUGAACAUUUUCGACGGGAAGCCAGUCUCUGGAAGAGAGAGGCACUGCCUAGCGGUGUGGUCGUCAUGGGAGCGGUCUGAGGUAGAUUCGGAAGGCUUCGGUGAGAACAGGGCUUCAGUGAAAACAGGCAGAGAAACUGUGUUUAAUUUAUGCUUUUCUCAUCAAUGCUGCCACUCCGGAGCUGAUUAUCCGUUAUUUGUGAAGCGGGGUGUCGUGUGCAGUCAUAAUCGGAUGAAAAACAGACGUGGGAGCACGGAGGAACAUUGGGAACAUCACCAGGAAGACCUUCUUCGUUGCUGCUGCUGUGAGGUCCGGGUCUCUGCUGGGAAGAACAGGCCCCCAGUCUUCAGGGUCGCGUUGCUGAUGGCCGUUGGCGGGGGUGUUUUAGUACGCUCAGCAGAGGAUGGUGCUCGGAGAAGCUGUGCCGGAGGGGAUGGUCGGAGGCUCGGAGGUUCAAUGGACUCGGAGUCCGCUGCGGUCAGGUCGCUUUCAUUGUGUGCUGCGUCUGCGAGGCUGAGUCGGGCAGUGCCGUGGAAGUCCAUAGAGGGGGUAUUCCCUUCUGCCGCUGGUGUGGGAUGACGAGUCUAUCGGGACCCUGAGGACUUAUGGAAACUGUGUGGUGAUUUCUUUUGUACUUAUCGUCUUUUAACAUCUUUGGACUAUUUUUACUGUGCCCAUGGUCUGUUUUUUUUUUAUCAAUUAUGCUAUUGUUUGCACUGUUGUAACUAUGUGGUUUUGUGCAGGUCUUGUAGCUUUAGUUUUUGGUCUUGUUUUGUCUGGUGGAUUUGGAGCUCCUUUCCGGGGAACAUGCUAAGAUGAUAGCUCAAUAUUAAUACUUAGCAGCCUCUCCGGUCUCUGGAUUGGGGAUUGCCAAACGUUAUGUGGAUUUUCUGGUGUAGUCUGUUUUGUCAUGUGCUUUUGUGAUAUCAUUCUGGAGGAAUGUUGUCUCAUUUUUAACUGCAUUGCAUUUGUGGUUUCUAAAUGACAAUAAACUGAAUCUGA